GAGGGGGCGGGUCCGUGCGCGGACUCCAUGCGGGCUCGCGUGGUCGCCAUGGCGGAGCUGCCGCAGGUGCGGGUGCAGGAGGCCGUGGACUCCAUGGUGAAGAGUCUGGAGAGAGAAAACAUCCGGAAGAUGCAGGGCCUCAUGUUCCGGUGCAGCGCCAGCUGUUGUGAGGACAGCCAGGCGUCCAUGCAGCAGGUGCACCAGUGCAUCGAGCGCUGCCAUGCACCUCUGGCUCAAGCUCAGGCUCUGGUGACCAACGAGUUGGAGAAGUUCCAGGACCGCCUGGCCCGCUGCACCAUGUAUUGCAACGACAAAGCCAAAGAUUCCAUAGAUGCAGGGAGUAAGGAGCUUCAGGUGAAGCGGCAGCUGGACAGUUGUGUGACCAAGUGUGUCGAUGACCACAUGCACCUCAUCCCAACUAUGACCAAGAAGAUGAAGGAGUCUCUCAUAUCCCUUGGAAAAUAAAAGUCUUUGCCAGCGGCCAUUGGGGCUAAGGGCAAGAGUCUAUUUUUAAAAAGGAAUGGGAAUUUUAGUCUUCUAAGCAAAAGUCUAUGAAUGAAGAAAUUAAGGAUGGGAAUGAGCAUAAGGCAUAUGUCACUUGCCACUGGACACUGGUUUCUUUGUUUUAAACCUGAAAAGUGAAAUGGAAAAAAUUGGUA